AUGGAAGAAGGCACCGCUACCCCUAUUACUAAAUCUGCAGCUGCCAAGUUAGUUAAGAAAAAUUUCCUUGAGGCUCUAAAGUCAAAUGACUUCGGAAAAUUGAAGGCCAUUUUAAUCCAAAGGCAAAUAGAUGUGGACACAGUGUUUGAAGUUGAAGAUGAGAAUAUGGUUUUGGCAUCUUAUAAACAAGGUUAUUGGUUGCCUAGUUAUAAAUUAAAGUUUUCCUGGGCAACAGGCCUGCACCUGUCUGUCUUGUUUGGUCAUGUGGAAUGUCUUCUGGUGCUGCUGGACCACAAUGCUACAAUCAACUGUAGACCCAAUGGGAAAACCCCUCUUCAUGUGGCAUGUGAAAUGGCCAACUUGGAUUGUGUUAAGAUCCUCUGUGACCAUGGAGCAAAGCUCAAUUGCUACUCCCUAAGUGGACACACAGCCUUACACUUCUGUACAACUCCUAGCUCCAUUCUCUGUGCCAAGCAAUUGGUUUGGAGAGGGGCCAAUGUGAACAUGAAGACCAACAACCAGGAUGAGGAGACGCCCUUGCACACAGCUGCCCACUUCGGCCUCUCAGAGCUGGUGGCCUUCUACGUGGAGCAUGGGGCCAUCGUGGACAGCGUGAACGCCCACAUGGAGACUCCACUGGCUAUCGCAACCUACUGGGCCCUCCGCUUUAAGGAGCAGGAGUACAGCAGAGAGCACCACCUCAUCUGCCGCAUGCUGCUGGACUACAAGGCCGAGGUUAACGCCAGGGAUGAUGACUUCAAAUCUCCGCUGCACAAGGCAGCCUGGAACUGUGACCACGUGCUCAUGCACAUGAUGCUGGAGGCCGGCGCCGAAGCCAACCUCAUGGACAUCAACGGCUGUGCUGCCAUCCAGUAUGUGCUGAAGGUCACCUCUGUGCGCCCGGCCGCGCAGCCUGAGAUCUGCUAUCAGCUGCUCUUGAACCACGGGGCUGCUCGCAUAUACCCUCCACAGUUCCACAAGGUGAUACAGGCUUGCCAUUCUUGUCCCAAAGCAAUCGAAGUUGUAGUCAAUGCCUAUGAACACAUCAAGUGGAAUGUAAAGUGGAAAAGAGCUAUCCCUGAUGACGACCUGGAGAGAUACUGGGAUUUUUACCACUCUCUCUUCACUGUGUGCAGUAACUCUCCAAGGACUCUCAUGCAUUUAUCGAGAUGUGCCAUUCGAAGAGCAUUGCACAACAGAUGUCACAGAGCAAUUCCUUUGCUUUCCCUCCCAUUGUCAUUGAAAAAGUACUUGCUUUUAGAGCCAGAGGGAAUCAUUUAUUAAACCUUAUGAGACAGAGGUUCCCAAUCCUAGAUAUUUAAGUGGACUCACCGGGUAGACACAGUUUGCAUAAAUAAAAUGGUACUUGGGUUGAUUAUAACACUUCAGGGAUUUCAAAACACUUGACAAACUCUGUCAUUAAUCCUAGGGUAGCAUGGUGAGGGGAAAUAAACAGGAAGUAAAGUUAAGGAAUUCUCAAAAACAAGAAUGUGCUCAGAAGGUACUGACAACAGUAAUAACUGAUGUGUAUAGUGUUUUUACUUGGUGCCUGAUAUAUUUUUGUAAAACUUUUCAUAUAUCAUCUCAUCUGAAAUGGGACCCAGUUUUUCUUACAAUCUCAUUCUCUCCCUUAUCAGUAAUAAGUUUAUAUUACUGUUCAGAUGCCAAAAUCAUAGGCUUUGUGAUUGGCCUCUUAAUCUCAGGGGUUCCCUCCUCAACCCCCCUUCCGUACACCGUUACCACUUAGCAGAGAUUAUUGUCACUAGUUUUGCAAACUCCUAUCCCCACUCGAAGCUCUUCUGCUUAUUUUUGGUGAAGAGAGCAGAUGAGCCUAGUCAAAACAAGGAGAUCUUGGAGUUAAAGUAGACACGAAAAACCAAGACUGGUCCACUUAAUAGUCAAAGAAUGGACAUUUCAACAUACGCUUGUUGAGCCAGAGACUGGAGAUGCAAUGAUGAAUCUAAAGCGAGGACUCCUGCCCUCCAGAAUCUCACGAUUUAGCAGAGGAUCCGGACAUACAAGCAGGAAACUGCAGUGUCAAGCGUCAGGGGCAAGAGUACAGGUGCAGACUCAUUUUUAGUGCGUGCGUUUCAGAGUCGUGUUUCUGACCUGAAGUGUGAUUUUCCUUUUAAGCAUGAAUAUAAAGAGUGAAGGGAUUCUGUGACAUAGAGGGAGCUCCUGGUGCUGUUAGUGUAAAUGUAUUCACUUUCAGUUUCUCCAAACAUCACAUCAAGAAACUCUUUUAUUUUAGUAUGAUUUUCUGUUUAUAGUACUCCCCUUGGGAAAAUAUUUGCACACUCAAUGGCUCCCAUAGAUUUGAUAAGAAAGUUUAAUGAGAUGUGUACAAGGAAGCGUGCAAAGGGAAGAACUCAAGUUGAUUGCUUGGGCUCAUGGAGUAAUAGGCUGACAUUUCAGAGCAUUUUAGCUGGAAGAUAAGGAGCACUUGACUAGCAAUGGCUGGCUACCAAAAGAGCAAAUAGAAAGACUUUUUGAAAAUGGUAGAAUUUUGAGAAACUUGGAAAGAUAAGUGUGUCAAUCAGGCUUGUUACUAGUUUGCUGAACGUGACAUGUAGCUGAUUAACCUCUGGACCUCAGGGUUUAUGAGGCCAACUGGUCUUCGAUUUUUUGUUCUUGCUAAUCACUCUUAAGUGAGCUCAUUGCCUCUUAGUGUCGCUCUUUCAGAGGCGAGAGUGAAAGUAAUUAAGCACAAACAAAUCCAUUUGCCAGGUGUGAGCAGGUUUCUUUUACUUGUGUGAUUCUUCAUCUUAUUUAACUUUAGAAGCUUGAGUUUUGAGUAGAGAUGAUGUCAAAUAUUCCACCCGCCCACCACCUAGGCCAUGCUUCUAAACUGGGAUUCUCAUAGUCCCGGUGCCCUGUAGGAAAAGUAAUGGGUAGAUACAAUAAUCUUUCUGAUUUUCUUCAGUCUUUCUCAAAUAUUUUGAGAGACCUAAUUUGUACUAAAACAAAUUUGUACUAUAUUGUAGAAGAGGAUGCUGAAUUUGUAUAAACGAUUCAUAUAAAAACAUUGGUCCUUCAAAAAAUUGUAGCAAGUGGUGUUUGGGACACAUCCUAGAAUACUGGGCAGAAGUGCAUGCUCCCCUCUCCUUUGGGAAUAUUCUGGCUGAAAAACUUGUGAUGCACUGUCUUUGUCAAUAAAACCUACUCUAAGGACAAAGGGAGAGAAUGUUCCUUGCGUUAGGAAAUGUUUCUCCAUCUGCUUGCUUGUGCUUAAACAUUGUAUGCUAAUUAGCACAUAAUAUAUGCCUACUUGUUUUGAAUUGUUUACUCAUGAA